GAGACACAAACACCUGGUGACAGAUAACAUGUGAAGGAUACUCGUUUUCUUUUUACCAAGCAUGGUAUGAGGAGAAAUAGGUUUCCAGUCAACACGCCACAUUGUUAGUGGCUGAGAAAAACUCUUUUAAAGCCGAGAGCAGAGACACUCGGCGGGAUUCAUCAUGUCAGUCAAGCUUCCUAAGAGGCUGAGCAGCAAAAAGAAAAAACCUCCAAAGGACAAUGCCCAGGUAGAGGCUCUAAAUAAGCUGGGCCUUGAGGCAUUCUGGACUACACCACUGGACCCAGCAUCUAUGCUGGACAUCAGCACUUGGGCUCUGGAGAACCAAUCUCCUCUAGAGCCCAAGGAUCUACCAAAUGCUUUCCUCCAACGCCUAUGGCUCCUUAGCCCAGAUGCCCGGAGUCCUUGCUGCAAACCUCUGCAUGAUGUUGUGAACAAUGACAACAAAUCACCUAAGGAGAUGAUCAAUGGUUUUGGAGAAAGCCAGUGUGCCAUCAACCCCCUUGAUCUAGUUACAGCUGUCUUUAUGUCUGCCAACACUUUCCUUCGGCAGGAGAUGACUGCACACAUGGUGCAAUGCCAAUUUGCUGUGCCCCUAGUCCUUCCAAACAUAGAUCCAGAAGAACCCAGUCUCUUCCUUCUUUGGCCUUUGAGAGGUGUUGUGAGCCAAUGGAGGUCUCACUUUCCAGAUAAAAACAGGGAGGUCCACGAAGGGAAUUUGGCAAGUACAUACAUGCCAAUGGUUUCUUGUGUGAAACUUGGUCACUGUGGUGUCUCCAAGUCACAGGUGCUAAACAAUCUUAUAAAUGGACUCAGAUCACCCAGUGAAACAUUUCUCCACAGGGGGAUGGAAGGAGGACAGCUGCCCCGAAGACUCUCCAAUGGCCUUGUCGAGAUCGGAUGGUAUCUUCCCACUGGAGACACUGCCAGAGAUAUUUUCCCUGUCCCUGUGGUCAUCUCUAACUUACGUGGUGAUGCCAGUACACAUGAGAAAUAUCUCAGGCUUCUAUGUCAAGCAUCUUCAGCUGUGGUUGUUUUCUGUGGGAAUCUUAGAGAGAAAGAAAAACAACUUCUUGCUUCCUGCAAAGUUAUGGCAAGCAAGCUUAUACUGAUUGACCUAUCAGACACUGACAAGAAUGAAAACAGAGUUGUGGGGUUUGCUGAUCAGAACCUUGAAGAAAACAUUGGUCUUCCUGGAGGAUCAGUGUUGCAAGGCAGAGCUUUGAACGAGGAGGAACUGGCUAAUAGGCUAUGUGACACUCUGAAAGAUCUCUUACCAGAUAAACUGAAACUUGUUACACUUGAGGCAGCAGCAAAACUAGCAGACGAGCUAGGCCUUAAUGUGGAUGAAGGGGCAGUCUGUAAAAAAGCAAUGGCCACAGUGGAGGAAGUACUGAAAGGUUUACACGAGGGAUCUGCUCAAUUUAGGGAGAAACAGCUUCCUUUGCAGGGGCCUUUGUGGAGCAAACUGGGUGAAAUAGAAAAGGAGGAAAGAAAACAGAGACACAAAGGAGAAGAAAUUGACCCCCAACUGCAACAAGAAAAGAAAGACAUCUUGGUAGAGUUGAGAAGCUAUAAAAUGACUCCAGCAAUGAAGAUUUUCACUGAUGCGCUUUUCACAACAGAUAAAGUGGAGAGGACUUGUUUUCUUAGUUGGAUGAAGCUAAAGCUUCAGCUGCUGCAAACAGAAAAACAAAACAGUUCACAAGAUCUAUUCACAAACCUGCAAACAGAAAAGAAAGAUGGCAUGCUUGAACAUUGUGAUGAGCUUGAAAAUGGAGCUGAUGACUACCUAGGGGACAGUGAUAGUUUCUGCACAGAUUCAACAUUUGAAGAGAAACAAACUGAAGAGCAGCCUGUAAAUACUGAACUGCAAGUUUCUGAGCAACAGUUUGAGAUAGGCCAUGAGUCAGAACAUAUUUUGCAGGAAUAUACAGAAAGGACCACAGAACCACAGUCACAGAAAGAACAUCUUGAGUUCACACAUGAUCCAGUCAUAGAACAGCAGUUAUACACCAUGUCAAAUGAAAAAGAGAUUCAAGGUGAAGAAAUGAUUGAAAACCUAGUCUGUUCUGAAGACCACAUUUCAGAUCCAGCCUUUAAGGACCAAAACUGCCAUUUGGAGUCUGGAGAAAAUGGAACCUUGAACUGUCAAGGGACACAGCAAGAUGAACCAGAGCUGACACUAGCUGAGUCAGAUUUGACGACUUCUGCCCAACAAGAAACAUACCCAGAUGUUUCCUUUGAACAUCAGGUAGCCUCAUGUUCACAGCCUUUUGAACCUGAUUCGUCCUCCCUGGGGCUUGAGCACUUUUUGCGGGAGAUGGGCCUAAUUUUUGAGUUAACACACAUCAACCCCGGCAGUGGGAGCCAAAAUGUGUUGCGUCUCCCUAGCAUAGCUACAGAUCUUCUUCUCUACGGGAUUCCACUUGAACUAAUGGAUGGAGAUGCCUCAAACAUUCCCAUCCACUGGUUAGGCUGUGUCUUUGCAGAGCUAAAACGCCGGCUACCUCAAGAACAGUGCAGGACCCGAGUGUUGACAAACCUUGGAGUACACCAUGCUUGGAAUGCUGAGGUUCUUUCUGCAUUAUUUGGGGUGAAAUUACCUGAAGGAAGGAAAAGAUCCACUAGAGGGGUGUACAUGGUUGCCCUUUGUGUCCCUGAUAACCUUAGAAAGGACAUGGAAUGUGAUUUUCUGUUGUUAAUUGAUGUAGAAGGUUUCUGCUCAGACAACAAAAGAAAUACACUACUUUACGACAAUGAGAUGGCCACUGUUGCAACAGGAUUGAGUGAUGUUUUAAUGCAUAACAUCUCUUCACAUGCAGGUUCCAAGUGGGAAACUAACUUCACUGUCAUAGUCAAUGCUCUCCUACGCAUCAAGGAAUGUGGCUCCAUGCCCAUUUGUCAACUCCUGACCCAGGAUGAAGAAUUAAACAGUGUAUUACAAGCCUUACAGUUAAAACGUGUAUCUGAUAUGCUUCAGACUGAGACUAGGGACAGAGAAACUAACAAUGCUGAUAACCAUAAUGCAAAGACCUCAGUCUCUAUCACCUGUGUCAAGGGGCCUUGGUACAAUAUGUCUCUCUCUGAACCAAUUGAUACACAGUAUAGUAAGGCUGUGUUGAAUCUUAAGAAAAACCUGUUUGGAUCAUUGAAAAAGUGUGCAGCUAAGUCUGAAGCUACAGGUCUUCCUGAAUUUAUGAGCCGUUUGUGCACUGUUUGGGAUGCAGUGAGAGCAGACUCAUUCUCCAUUGGUCUGCAAGAUACUGACAUAGCUUUAGCAUUUUCUUUAUUGUGCACAGAGCUUUCCCAGUGGGAGGAUAGUUUGAUGGGACACAUGGAAAGCUGGCUAUUGGGGGCAGCAAAGAAGAUCUUUGCCACAAAGGCAAAGGAUUUAGACGCUACAAUCCAAAAUGACCUUCUAAUUAAGUUGAAGGAUGAAGGCAGAGAGGAAGUCAAAACAGAGGUGGACAAUCUCAGGUCAAAAGUAGAAUCCUAUUUGAUGAAAGAUGACCAUCUCAAAAUGAACACAUUCAAGACAGUCCUUAUGAGCAAUAUGGAUGACCUCCAGGAGCGAGUAACUGAAGAGAUAAUAGAAAAGUUGGAGACUGUUACUGAGAGCCAUUGUUCUUCCACACAGUUAAACAAAUUUGAGACCUUACUGAAAAAAGAACAGGAAUCGAAGUUAAAUGCACUGAUAGAGAAGAGCAAGACAACCAAAGUUCUGUUUCAAGAUACAGAACUAGAAGAGGAGUUUGAUGGUGUGUGGAGUGAUAUGUUGUCCAACUUUGACUUCAGGCCUUCAGAAACAGAAGAUAUUACUGUAAGAGUGACUGAUAUUAUGAAAGAGAAUCUAAUAAACCGCGGCCUACAGAAACAUAUGAAAAAAAUUGAAGUCAUGGGCCAAAAACAGGAAUCAAGCUUCUACGUUUCUGAUGAGCACUUUGGAUACCGCAGCAGAUUAAAGCACAUGUUUGAAGACAACAACAGACUACAGAGGUUAGAAGCUCAACAGGUAGCAUGCAAUAUCAUAGAAGAAUACAAUCAGUUUGUAGCAGAUAAAGUUAGCUUAUCAGCAGAUUUCUCUGACAGCUACAUAACAGAACUGUUACAAAAUGUUGAAAAAUCUUUGAAGGAAAAAUCUAUGGAAAUCAGAUCUGCUUUUGAAGUUGAUCUGAAGGUUUAUCUCUGUAGUAGAGCAUGCCAAGACUUCCAAAAACUACAUGACCGCUAUGCCAAGGACAGAGAGCUUCUGACAUGUAUCACUGCAGCCAAGAGUACGUACUUGGCAGAGUUCAUCUAUCAGUUUAGGAAGAGAGACCAGUGCCAGAGGCUGGCUCAAGUAUUCACCUCCAUGGUCAUCAAACCUACAGUGUUGGACUACAUCUAUAAACCACUGGGGAUGCAGAUUGUAGAAGAGAUCCAAGGUCAUGCUCAGCAGUAUCAGUCCCCAAGUGCCUUCCACCAAAGCCUGCUUGAAGACCUGAUAAAAGAGGAUUGCUUUGAAAGCUUCCUUGAAUAUUUGCAUUCCUAUGACAACUUCAGACUGAGGAAGAUCCAGGAGAAAGUAGCGGCUCACCUCUCUGAAUCAACCAACUUGGAUAAAUGGAGGCAACAGAGACUUGGAAAAAUUGUAGGAAAGUUUGCAGCAGCAGUGAGCGAAACAGCAGAAGGUACCAAUGGAGUGCUGAGUGAUACAAAGCCACUGCUGGAGAGAGUGUGCCUCACUUUAGAAAGAGAUGGAGAUGUGGAUGUCACCAGGGCCUCUCUGGAUGGACCUCUCUUCAGUAUCACCACAGAAUGGGAUCGCUUUAUUACAUGUUUAAUGGAGUUACUGGCUGCAAUGCGUUUAAAUCUGGCCCAGGAGUUCUCCCAAAAUGCGGAUAUCACGCAACUUCUUCAGUGCCUUUCAAUUCAGCCCCAAGACUCCCUCUUCAACAGAGUGAGAGGCUGUGACAAGCAAUGUCCUCUCUGCAAGACCCCCUGUGAGUUGUUGGAAAUGGGGCAUGAAUUUCACAGGGCUCUGCUCCACAGACCCAAAGGCAUGUUGCCCCAUGACUCCUGUUCUCUGUCCGGUAGCAGUUCGCUGGAAAGCACGACAGAGGGUGACCAAGGCCAAAAUGAGGACACACACAACAUGUCUGUGGUAUGCAGGGGGCUCGAUUCCCUAUAUCCAGAAUGGAGCAUCUCCCUUGAGGACCCAAACAGCCAGAUGCCUAAUGCUUACUGGAG